AUGUAUUACACUCCAUCUAGACCUGCUGAAAAUGAUAAGCAACCUACUCGUCAUUAAAGGCCUCCAGGUUAAAACCCUCAAUAUCUUCAAAAAUUACCUGAAGAUCCUCGCAGAGUUGAUGAUUAUCAUGGGCAUCCUCAAGAACGUCCCCCUCCUCAAUAAAGGCCUCCAUAUUAGGAACAAGGUCCAGAUAGAGGCCCUCUACCUCAAAGACACCAAGAUCACCCUUAAGAUAGACCAUAACCUCCAUAUGGGAACCUACCCAGAGGAUUUGAACGACCACCUCCUGGUUUCAAUCCGUAAUUCCCUCCUCCACCUCCUGACAGAUUCAAUAAUGCUCACUAUGACCCUUCCUAUGAUGAUGAUCGCUAUUAUAGACCAAUAUCAGCUCCUUAUGGUAGCCCAUAUGGACCAAGGUAACAACCAUAUGGAGAACCAUCCCCUUAAGGUUUGAGAGGGCCUGCAAGAGCAUAUGACCCAAGAAGGGUUGGACCACCUCAAGAUUUUAGAGGUCCUCCUCCUGAUUAUCGAGGAUUACCUCCACCUGAUUUCCGUGAUGUUCCUCCUGAGUUCAGAGGACUACCUCCACCUGAAUAUAGAAGAAAGAGGAAUGCCAGAACCAAUGGGAUAUCGCGGCCGUAUUACCAAGUCGAGAUGUUGCAUCUAGAGGUCCAGAUUAUAGAGGAUUGCCUCCUCCUCCAGAUUUUCGAGGAGGACCACCACCUGAUUAUAGAGGAUUACCUCCUCCUUCUGAUUUCAGAGGUGGACCACCACCUGAUUUUAGAAAACCUCCUCCUGAUUAUAGAGGAAUGCCCCCACCUCCUGAUUAUAGAGGAAUGCCUCCUCCACCUCCUGAUUAUAGAGGAAUGCCACCUCCUCCUCCACCUGAUUAUAGAGGAAUGCCUCCUCCAAAUUACAGGGGGCCUCCUCCUGAAUAUGGCAGAGGAAUGGAUCCAAGGGGAUUACCACCUUAAGAAUUAAGAGGAUUGCCACCUCCAGGUGACUAUAGAAGAGCGCCUGGAUAUCCUCAGAGAGGAGCUCCUUCCAAUGAGUUUUAUAGAGGGGAACAUCCUCCUUAGUAUCAAAGAGGAGGAGAUUAAGUUUACAGGGGAGGACCUGGUGGAAGAGACUUUGAACCAAGACGACCUUUGUCACCAUAAGCACAAAGAAGAGAUCACGGAUACAACGAGUUUAGUUCACCAUAACAAAGAAUUAAGCAAGCCUUGA